UGCCUCGAGGCAAGAAGCCCGAAGGGCCCUUGUCACUACCGGACGAGGGCCUCAUGCUCAAUGCAGAAGCGGCCGAACAGAGAGUGUAUGAGGAGCAAGUCGACUCUAUUCCCGAACUUGCUCAAAAGCUCGAGGUUGUGUACGGCAGCGCCGAGCAGCUUCUUGACUAUCACAGAGUCAGCAGGGUAACCUAUUGCUAAAGAUGCAUUCCUUCAUCUGAUCGAAUCUUGUCUUCAACCUUCAUCCUAUUCAUCUCUUUUCGGGCACUCGAGCAUCCAGUCAAUUGGGACAUCCCGCUGACUGAGGCUUGUACGGUAAUGGUGAGGGAAGGGAGAAGAGGCAGUAUCAUCAAAGGCACCUCCGCGAGGUGGUGGGAGAACGAUGUGGAGAAAUACACGUGCAUCUCGGCCGACAAAUUAACCUUCCACGUCUUGUCUCUGUAUGAUGUCCGUCUGUCUCACCCUCUCUCUUCCCAAGGCCCUUCCUCGAGACGUUGGGAAGGAACAACUAUGUACUAUAGCUCGAGACGACUGGUCAUCGUCCUGGCUGUGGCCUUGACCGUGGCACUGUGCCUCAAUUUGGCUUGCGUUGCGGCCGAGGACGCUGGCGGUGGUAGCGGCGCCGGCGGAGGUUCUGAUGCAACCGACACACCCUCGGUGUCGCAGCUCCUCAAGGAAGGAACGGCGGCGUUGACGACAGGCCGGAUGGGCGAAGCCAUUGCCAAGUUCGAUGCAGCGAUCGCCGUUGAUCCGGGCAACUACCUGUCGUAUUACCGCCGAGCGACUGCCUACCUCUCCUCAGGCAGGACGGCCUCGGCGCUUGCGGACCUGGACAAGCUUCUAACGCUGAACCCCAGGUUUGCACAAGCGCACUUGCAAAAAGCAAAGACGUUUGCGAAAGAUGGCGACCUGGACGCAGCAAAGAAGUCGACCAAAGAGUACCUGAAGCUCAAAAAGGGCGAUGAGGAAGCGACCACGCUAUCAAAUAGUAUCGACGCGGCCCUCUCGAAUCUCAAGAGCCUCAAGUCGGCGCACGAGUCCUUGGAAAAGAACGUGAAGAAGGGAAACGACGCUUCAAGCGAUAGCAGCGUCGCAGCACGGGCGGAUGACUGCUUGAGAUACGCCAGUCAGGUGCUCGAAGUAUCACCCAGCCUGUUGGAAGCCAGACGACUGCGGGCCGACUGUUACCUUGCAAAGGGCGACGUCGAGAAUGCUGUGGGAGAUUGGACGCGUAUCGCACACCUCGCACCCUCGACGGAUCUAUAUCUUCGACUCUCUUCGCUCUCCUACUUUAUCUUCGGCGAUCGUGACUCGCAAUACCGAGACGCUGGGCUGUCACAUCUCAAGACGUGUCUUGGCUCGGACCCAGACAACAGGCGCUGCGCAAAGGCCCAUCGGCGUAUCAAGAAUUUCAACAAGGCGCUGCAAAAAGCGCAGAACUUCCAAGAGGGCGGCAGCUGGAGAGCCGUGAUAGGCUCACUCAAGGGGCCCAAGGUUGGCCAGCCGAGCAUAUACCAACAGAUUGAAGGGGCCAUCAAGGACGAUGUCGAGGCCAGAGUGCUUCCCAGUGGGCUCAAAGAGCCUCUCAAGCAGAGUGCGCUGCUCCACGAGCUCAAUGAGAUGCACUGCCAGGCUCACUUAGAGCUCGAUGAGCUAAAGAAGGCCAUGCCCUACUGCGAAAAGGCGUCGGAAAGGGACCCGGAUAAUUUACACGGGCUCGUCGCCAAGGCCGAAGAGCAUCUUGCGGCAGAGCGAUACGAGGAGGCGGUGCGCGAUCUUAGCAGGGCGUUUGAGCAGUCUGGCAAGACGAAUCGAUCGAUCCAUGCGCGAUUGCAAAAGGCGCAGCAGAGGCUCAAGAUCAGCAAGACCAAGGACUAUUACAAGGUCCUGGGCGUCUCGAGGGACGCAGACGAGCAGACGAUCAAAAAAGCGUACAGAAAAAUGGCCCGGGAGCACCACCCGGAUAAAGGCGGCAAGCCAGAAAAGAUGGCAGAGAUCAAUGAGGCCUUUGGCGUCCUCAAUGACGCUGAGCUGAAGGCCCGCUUCGACCAAGGCGACGACCCAAACGAUCCCAUGGGUGGCCAUCAGGGCGGGUACGGCAAUCCCUUCUCCCAAGGCGCUGCCGGCGGCCACCCAUUUGCGCAAUUCUUCCAGCAGGGCGGUCCAGGGGGCGACGGAUCUCAAUUCUUCUUCCAGCAGGGCGGCGGUGGCGGCGGUGGUGGGAGGAGAAUGCAUUUCCAAUGGGGUUGAUGAGGCGUCUACAUCAAUACUAUAGAGUCAUAAUUAUUGUCUGAGCAGCAGAUGCAAGGCGGAGAUAGGUAGUAGUGCACAGUGAAGCAUUGCGGACGGGCAGGCCUGCACAGCUUGGCUCGCGUGGCUAAUGGAAGCCGAGGGGGCGAAAAGGCGAUUCGACGAAAUCUUUAGACUUUUUCGACACGCACGUUCGCUCGUCACACGACCACGCCCCCCUGCCCGUCUGGCCUUGCGGCCUGUGAGAAAAAAAAUUGGGCGAG